ACUUGACCAGUUUAUGACCCCAACGCAACACUGACUCUCUCCGUCUCCCUCUCCCUCUCUCUCUCUCUCUCUCUCUCUCUCUUCCGGCGAAAACCGAAAGACAAACACUAGAAACAAGAUGCUGGCUCUUUCUCUCUCCUCUCCACGGCCUUUCUCUCUCUACAACAAACACACUCUCUCUCUAAAAUCUCCGCCUCAUGAGAGUAGGCUUCUGCAUCUCGCUCCAGACUCGAGCUUCCUUCACUUCAACCACUUCAGAGUUUCGAGGAACUGUGAGGGGAUGAUGAUGAUGAAGAAGAAGAAGCGAGGACGAUUGGGUCCUGUUUGUUACUCUGCGCCUUUCACUCCUCGCGACCUUCAAUGGAUCUCCACCGUUUCCACCGCGGUCUUAAUGUUUGCAAAGGGAACUGCCAUUAACAAAUCCUUUCUUGUGCCUUUUUUUGCUCUACAAGCACCUCCAAGCAUCAUUUCAUGGAUGAAGGGUGAAUAUGGUAUUUGGGCUGCAUUCUUGGCACUUCUUGUUCGUCUCUUCUUCUUUAUUCCUGGUGAACUCGAAUUGCCUUUUGUAAGUCUACUACUGGUGAUUUUGGCUCCUUAUCAGCUUAUGAACCUAAGGGGAAGACAAGAAGGUAUCAUUAUUUCUUUAAUAAUUGCGGGGUAUUUGGCAUUCCAGCAUUUCUCGUUGGCGGGCAGCUUGAGAAGGGCAUUUGACCAAGGUUCAAUUGUCGCCACCCUAACCAUCAUUUGCAUGUCUGCUGUGCCAUGCUUGUGCUUGUUCCUGAUCUGACUUUAAUGUCAAAUUCUAAAGAGAUCCUUUCAUUUCUUUGUAAAUCGUAGUACUCGUGAAGAAGACAAGUUAGAGAAUGAUUGUGAUAUCUAGACCUUUCGUAUGUAGGUUAAGAGUUCUGAUGAAUGUCUUUUGUCUUUGCUAGACAAUAAAUUAUGUAUUUUGUGCUUUUGCAUUUGUUCAACAAAAGAUAGAUAUUCGUUACCAAAAAAAGAAAAGAAAAAUGAUAAAAUAUAAUUCUAUUGCUUGCUCAUU